GUGAGAAUGUGCUGGGGUGGUCAUUAUCUUGUUUCAUAAGUAGUGCAAUAUUCUGCCUUUGAGUUGCAGGUUAUGGCUGGGAUGUGUUUACAAUGGGUGACUGGGACAACAGGGAUGAAAUUAUUCAGAAAUUGGAUUUUUCCAGUUGUGGAGAAGAGAAUGAGGUGGGAGAAGACAGCAGUAUACAAGAGAAGGACUCCCAGAAUUCAAGCCCCGAGAAGAAUUGGGACUUUCAGAGCUGGAGUGUUACCAGUCCAUUCCCAGUCACCCCCCAUAGAAAAUUAACUAACCUGUCUCUGACUGAGACAAAAUUGUGGGGGAGUCCUGCAAUGAAAUCUGCCCCAUGUGAGACACCCAAUGCUAGUCUGGCUUGGGAGACUUCUGCAACUCCACUACAUUAUAUGACCUGGAAAAACCUGCAGCUCUAUGAUACCCCUCAUACACCCAAGAGUCUAUUAACAAAGACUGCUUUUCCUUCACCUGGAGGAAAGUUCCCUUCCAAAGGACCCCGGCACUUGAGAUUUACUCCUGGUGUGGAUCCAGAUGAGACUGCCCAGACUUCACUAGUCAACAUUAAUCCCUUUACACCAGAGUCCUAUCGACAGAUGCUCUUGCUUCCUAAUGGCAAGAGGAAGGCCAGAGGAGAGCUGGGAGAUACCAGCUUAAGAGGUGCCAAGGUAGAGCAAGGGCUGUCUGCCAAGAGAUUACCCUUGAAAGCAAGCAACAUGGUUUCCCGUUACAAGAAGGAAUUUCUGGAGUUGGAAAAAAUUGGGGUAGGAGAAUUUGGCUCUGUCUACAAGUGCAUCAAACGGCUUGAUGGUUGUGUCUAUGCUAUCAAGCGCUCAAAGAAGCCUCUGGCAGGAUCCUCAGAUGAGCAAAUGGCAUUGCGGGAAGUCUAUGCCCAUGCUGUGCUUGGACACCACCCCCAUGUGGUAUGUUACUACUCUGCUUGGGCAGAAGACGAUCACAUGAUCAUCCAAAAUGAACACUGCAAUGGUGGAAGUCUUCAAGAUGUGCUGCUGGAAAAAGCAAAAACUAGACAAUAUUUCCAAGAAGUGGAGCUAAAAGAAAUCCUGUUGCAAGUCUCCAUGGGGCUAAAGUACAUACAUAGCUCUGGCCUGGUACACUUGGACAUCAAACCUAGUAACAUUUUCAUCUGUCACAAGCUGACUGAAUCAUCAACUGCCAAUCAGGAAGACAGUGAUGGUGAAGAUGAUGGUUUCUCUUCUAAUGUGGUAUAUAAAAUUGGUGACCUUGGCCAUGUAACAUCAAUUACUAAUCCUCAAGUGGAGGAAGGAGACAGCCGGUUUCUGGCCAGUGAGAUUUUGCAAGAGCAAUAUUGCUAUCUGCCAAAAGCGGACAUCUUUGCCCUUGCCUUAACAAUAGCUCUGGCAGCAGGGGCUGAACCCCUACCUUGCAAUGAUACCAUGUGGCACCACAUCCGGAAAGGCAACCUUCCAUUAAUCCCUCAGAAGCUCUCGCGUGGCUUUCUUGAACUGCUUGUGCUCAUGAUUCACCCUGACCCAGUUACAAGGCCAUCUGCCACGGCUCUUACUAAGCAUCCAAUUCUCCGUCCCUCUCUUGGAAAAGCUGCGCAGCUCCAGAAGCAGCUAAACGUGGAGAAGUUUAAAACUGCCAUGCUGGAAAGGGAACUGAGAGCAGCACGUCUUGCUCAGACCUUCAGGAAGGAGCAAUCUUUAGGAUGUGCCAGACUAAAAGAGUGCGAAACUGCCUCCAGAGAGAGAAACAAGCGCUUGGUGGGAGGGAAGAAUUGUCACUCGCUCAGUUUUACAUGGGGAGGUUACUAAAAACCUCAGGUUACUGAACAUUGCUAUGAAAGCAGAAGGUCCACAUGAACAAACACACCCUGCUAACACUCCUGUAGUAUUUCUUGCUGACCCCAUUGCUCACAGGAGAUUUAUGCUGUCAUAGUUGGAGAAGUGACCCAUUUGUUUCCUUCUGUGUGCAACUUAACUGCAAUGCCUGCAGUGUUGUCCCUUUUGAACUAGUUGCUUCUGGUACAAGUGGGUAUCUUGAUUUUGCAAUCUCAGAGCCUUACAGGUCUAGAAUACAGAGCAAAAGAUAGAAAUUCCCUGCUACUUACUUUCUAUAGCCUCCUAUGUCCAGCAAAACUAUCUUGAAAGACCUUUCCUGUGGCCUAGUACUUGGAGGGCCAAAAUAUCAAUGUAAAUGGGUAUUGGUUGUAUAAGUAGGAGAGAGCAUCUUGAGGUCUGGGUGAACAAUAAACAUGGCCUGUUGGAGCUGAGGGGGUUCAGCAUACUACCCAGUCAAAAUAUGUUUUUAGCUUGGAGACAAACUUGUCCCUAAAAUGUUCAGAGGGACUAGGGAUCUGUGUGGAAUUAAAUAAGUGGCAUUCCACUGAGGGGAGAAAGAGGCAAAGCAACACAACUUAUUUUAGUUUCAUCUGAACUAGGGCUACUUUUCCUGCAGAAUUUAAAGAAACUUUUUUUUCUUUGCACAAAGUUUAAGUACUGCACAGUUCAGUUGCCAGCCCCAGGAAUCUCAUCUUUGUUCUUAUCUGUGAGGGUUUCUAGACCAAUAUGGAACAGCUGAUAUACAUUUUUAAUGUUCCAAUGGGUGGGUCUCUCUAGCCACUUUCCCUUCUGCUGAGUUAGAACAACUGCCUAACUGCAAGAUUUGGAUUUUCAACUAAGUGGAGAGGAAAAUGCAAAUAACUUUUAGAAUCUUCAGUUUUGGGAACUGUGUAUGUACAGUGUCUAAAUAUUAAAAAUAAAAUUUAAUCUUAUCCCCUUGAUAAGUGUAACUUCCUCAUAUUUCUUACUAGAUAUCUUCCUGUCCAAAUCCCAGGGAGUUUGAGCACUGACUAGGGCAGUAGAAUAUGGAAAAGAAAAUUCUUAGCCCUCAACAAUUUUAACUACUUUUAAAUCUUAUGGAAUUUUAAAACCCAAUGCUGUCUGGCAGCCAGAAGUGAAUAUAAGCUGUUGAGUCCUUGCCCCUUCAUUCUGAAAAUGGAACAU